AGGUGGCGUGACUCGGAGUUUUCAGGAGAGUUGUUCUUUCUUUAUUUCUUUGGUGAAAGUUUUAAGAAGGGAGGCUUCCUCCAGGUGCCAACUAACUACUUGUGCACAGUUCGUUCUUAGAAUCAUUCUCGACAGGUUAUCCGGAGUGGACCCUACACAAUAGUGUACGCAUAGGAACGUAGGAGUGACUGUGGUUUCAUACAGAGGGAAUUGACGUACAGUGAAUCGCCGAUAAAAAUAAUCGUAUCGGCGCUAUGGAUACCGAUGAGUUUCGUGAGUUCGGCAGAGCCGCUGUUGAUUACGUCGCCGAUUACACAGAUACUCUGAGAGACCGUCCGGUUAUACCGAAUGUCGAGCCGGGAUACUUGGGGAAAUUGGUGCCGGACGAGGCUCCGGAAAAACCAGAAUCUUGGAAAACUGUCAUGGAAGAUGUCGAGCGCGUUAUAAUGCCCGGUAUGACGCAUUGGAACUCGCCACAAUUUCACGCUUAUUAUCCGUCGGCAAAUUCUUAUCCCUCGAUAGUGGCGGAGAUGUUGAUCGCGGGUAUAGGAUGUUUGGGAUUUUCAUGGAUGACUUCACCGGUCUGUACCGAACUUGAAGUUACGAUGAUGAAUUGGCUUGGAAAGAUGCUGAAUCUUCCACAAGAGUUUCUCAACUGCAGCAAGGGACCUGGCGGUGGUGUAAUCCAGUCAUCAGCGAGCGUCGCUACCUUCGUAGGACUUUUGGCUGCUAAGGAGAGAACGACCAGAAGACUCAAGGAGGAACAUCCAGACUGGGAUGACGCUGUCAUAAAAUCUAAAUUGAUCGCUUACACAUCUGACCAGGCGAAUUCUUCCGUUGAAAAAGCUGGACUCUUGGGUUCCAUGCCGAUGCGGCACUUACCUUCCGAUGAAAAAUGUCGUCUUCGAGGAUCGGUUCUUCGAGAGGCUAUCGAAGAGGAUGAAAAAAAUGGUUUGAUACCUUGUUACGUUGUUGCGACUUUGGGGACGACCGGAACAUGUUCUCACGAUUGUUUGGACGAGUUGGGCCCAAUUUGUAACGAAAAAAAUGUCUGGCUUCACGUGGACGCUGCUUACGGAGGCGCCGCAUUCGUUUGCCCUGAAUUCAGGGACCUAAUGAAGGGCGUUGAAUUCGCUGACUCCUUCGAUUUCAAUCCCCACAAAUGGUUAUUGGUUAAUUUCGACUGCUCGGCGAUGUGGGUAAAAGACUCCAGAUAUUUAGCGGGCGCUUUUAACGUGGAUAGAAUUUACUUGGCUUACGAUAACGAGGGAAAGCAGCCCGACUACAGACAUUGGCAGAUUCCCCUGGGCCGAAGAUUCCGCGCUCUGAAACUAUGGUUUGUUAUGAGAAUGUACGGAGUGGAAGGUCUUCAAAAUUACAUCCGCCAUACCGUGGGGCUCGCUAAACAAUUUGCAAAUUUCAUCGAAAGCGACGACAGAUUCGAAAUCGUCAACGAAGUCACGAUGGCCUUGGUUUGUUUCAGAAUGAAGGGAGACAAUUCAAGGACCCGCGAACUUUUGGACAAGCUUUUGGCCCGAAGAAAGAUCUACGUUAUAGCAGCUUCAUACCGAGAGAAACUUUUCAUCCGUUUCGUCGUUUGCAGUCGUCUAUGCGAAUCUCGAGACAUGGAAUUUGCGUGGAAGGAAAUCAGCGAGCAGGCAACCGAAAUACUGCAGCCGAGAAUAUCGACGGAAAUUGAAACAAUGAAAAUCAAUGACUCCGGAAAAGAGACCGCCAAAAUUACAGGAAUGAUCGAAGACCUCAAAAUUGAACAUGAGUUGAACGAAAGUGCACCGAAAAUCUACUAAUAAAAUCAAAAAUUUUUAACUCCUGAAAUUUUCUGAGGAAGUAAAUCGUUAAUGGUGUUUGUUUUUAUGUUGAUUUGUUACAAUUAGGAGUCCAGUGUCAGUUUACCCCUAACUACAAAGUACAAAUUUUUUGUUUUCAUGUUAUUGUUUUUUUUUUUUCUUGAAGAGCCAGUUCAGUAAAUAUGUAUGUUAGAUGAUAUUCUUUUUCGUACCGUUUCUUUUCCUAUCUCACUGAUACAGAUUCCAAUGUCGUUAUUAAUUUAUUGUGAAAUGUUUUAUCGAACAAGUUUAAGUAAUACAAUUGUUACCAAAGA